AUGCUUUCGCCGUUGGUUUCUUGGAUCUUGGCGUCCUCUCCUUCUUCUUCGUCCUCUUCAGAGGAAGAAGAUAACUUUGUGGACGAUGAAGAUCAUUACGAGAACGUCGGCGAGAACGAGCAUUUCCUCCGCGAAGCCGAGGAGCUUCCCUCAACAUCAUGCGCUGGUGAUACUAAAUCCACUCCCGUUGCCCUCGCCGCUCCCGGCGCCGACGACUCUUACAUUCCCAACACGGACACGGGCUCUAGAAAACGACGGCGUAUCAGCCAUUCUUAUCCGCGGAGACAAUAUCAGAGGCUGUGGACGAAGCAAGACGAGAUCGAACUCUUGAGGGGAUAUCUGGGUUACGUCAAGCAGAACAGAUGGGCCACCACAUCUCUCCAAAACGACGUAACAUUCUUCUACGAUCACAUCAGGCCUAAGUUGAACAAGGACUUCAACAAGAAUCAAGUCGUCCAGAAGCUUCGAGUAUUAAAGAGAAAACACCAGACCGUUUUGGAUAAAAUCAACUCCGGCAGGGAAGUUUCACACAAGAACCCCCAGGAGGAGGCGAUUUUUGAGAUUUCCCAAAAGAUCUGGGGCAAGAAUCAAGACGAGGAAUCAAGCCCAGAACCGGAUACCGAUAAUAUCGAGGUGCAUAGCGAAGAAGAUGAUGGCGAUGAAUCGGGGCGUUUGAAUGGGGAGAACAGAGAUGUAAAGAAGCUGAUAGAGGAGACGAUGAGGUCGUGUUUAUCACCAUUGAACAAUAAUAAUGCAGCGGAAGGAUCAGGAUUGAAGUUGGUGCAACAAUACGGAAGUGGGGGAGAAGGCGAUGAGGAAGAGAGAAAGCAAAAGAUUUUGGAACUGGAAGCUUAUUUGAAGCAGUUGGAAUUGUUGCAGGAUCAAAUUAAAGCUAGAAUAGAGGAGUUGCGAAACGAAGGUGAAUGA